GCGCCGGUUGCCUGUACGUCAUCACGCCGCGACGCGUCUCCAUGGCGGCGGCAAGCACCGGGCCGUACCGGCGGGAGCGCAGCCUGGCGCUGCGCAGCAGCAGCUCCGCCCUGUACAACAACCUGGCCGUGCUGUGCCCGCCCGGGCGCGCCCCCGCCUUCGGGGCCGUGCACGGCUCCAGCCUCAGCCUGCUGGGCACCGAGGGGCACCCGCGGCAGCUGCAGGCCAGGGGAGGGGGCUCUGCCCUCAGCACCCCGCUGCUGACUCAGGCCGCAUGGUGCGAGCUGCCAUCGCGGGUGCUGCUGGUGCUGACGUCCCAGCGUGGGGUGCAGAUGUACGAUGCUGAUGGCUCCACCAUGGUGUUCUGGCACGCCCUGGAUGUCCCAGAGCUCCCUGCAGCCCAUUCCGUGUUCGCCCGAGGCAUCGCCGCUGCCGGCGGCCGCUUCGUCUGCGUGGGGACAUCCUUUGGGGCCGUGCUGGUGUUUGACAUCCCCCCCAAAGGGACCAACGUGACGCUGAGCGAGGUCCUGGAGCAGCACCGCGAUCCCAUCACCGACAUGGCGGCCGAGCAGGGCCAGGCCCCGGACGGCGCUGGGGACCUGGUGACAGCCGAUGACUCGGGGACGCUGUGCCUGUGGAGCAGCGGGGAGGAGUUCACGCUGCUGGGGAAGAUCCCGGGCUCCGGCUGCACGUGCUCCUCGGUGGCGCUGUGGAACGGGAUCGUGGCCGCGGGCUACGGGAACGGGCAGAUCCGGCUGUGGGAGGCGGGCUCGGGGCGGAUCCGCGCCCAGCUCAGCGCUCACGCCCGCUGGAUCUACGCCAUCGACCUGGCACCGCUCACCGGCAAGCUGCUCUCGGGUGCAGAGGAUUCCUUUGUCCACGUCUGGAAGCUCAGCAGGAACCCGGACACCGAUGACAUCGAGGUGCAGCACUGCCACGCCGAGUGUGUGACAGACACUCAGGUGUGCGGCGCCCGCUUCUGUGACCCUGCUGGCGACACCUUCGCUGUCACCGGCUACGACCUGAGCGAGAUCCUGUGCUACGGCCCCGCCUGAGCCGGGACAACGGGAAUGCCGGGACAAUCCACCGGGAAUGCCGGGACAAUCCACCGUGGGUGAGGGCUGAGCACGGAGCCCUCUGUGGCUCCGGCCGGGAUCCCCCCGUGCCCCCCGAAACCCUCCCGAGGGCCGGGAGCGGCUGCAGCAGCCCCGAGGGGAUCCUCGCGUGGCUCCCACCGGCCCCGGGACCCUCGCGUGGCUCCCACCGGCCCCGGGAUCCUCCCGUGGCUCCC